AUGCAACCACCACCCAGAAAGGUGAAGGAGAGUCAGCAGGUGAAACUGGUGUUCUCAGAGCAGCACAGUAAAUUGCAAACCAAACAACAUCAGGACACUGAACUGUUGGAGGAGAUCAGGUCCUUCAGUAAGCAUCGUGCAGCUAUAGAGAAGGAGUAUGCCCAGGCUCUUCAGAGAUUAGCUGUUCAGUACCAGAAGAGAGACUGGCAAAGAGGAAAUACAGAUGCUAUCACUUCUGGAGGUGUGUUUGGUGUGUGGCGGUCAGUGGUUGAUGCAACAGCUCAGACUGCUGCAUCACGACUUGCUGCUGCAGAGGAAUACCGCAGACUGACAGGACAAGCCUCCAGAAGUUUUCGCAAUGCAAAGGACAUCCGAGCUAAGCAAGGCCUGGAGCAGCUUCUGAGGGUACAGGGUGAAGUCGUGGAUGCGCUGCGAGAACUGCACAGGCUCAAGAAGAGCUAUCACCUAUUCAGCCACAUUGCAAAUGUUGCCAGAGAGAAAGCUGCAGAUGCAAAUUCAAGAGCAAGAAAGAGUGACCAUGGAAUUUUCCACUUUAAAGCAGGACUAUAUAAAAUGACUGCUAAGCUCAGUGCUAGGUUGAAGGAGUGUGAUGACCGUUUGACUGAAGUUCGUAAUGACUAUCUGCUGGCCCUAGCAGCAGUGAAUGCCCACCACCAAAACUACUUUAGGAAUGAUUUACCACUCAUUAUGGAGCAAAUGGAUGGGGAUGUUUAUGAUGACUUGAGGAGCCAUUUUACCCUGCUGUGUGGGAUAGAAAUGGAUUCCUGUUUGUCCACACACAACCUGUACAGCAAGAUAUGGGACAGUGUUGGUAAAGUGACUAGAGAUACAAAUAUUCAGCAGUUUCUAAAAGAAUCUGUUGCCUUCAAUAAAACCACCGGAUUUCCCUUUCAACCUGCUCCACAUGACAAGGUGUCUUCUCUAGAGGAGGCCUGUGCCUCAGCAGGGGAGGGUUGUCUGGUUAAGGAAGCCAAGAAGUGGGCUUCUAAGGCUGCGAAGGACUAUAAAAUCAUCACCCACGGAGAGAGGGCUCUACAAAUGUUAGGAAGUCGGUUGAAGCUCUUGUCCGGGGAGACAGGGAUUAGUGUGGAGCAGAAGAUAGCAGAGGUGCAGGACAGUGUCAGGAAAGCCAAGCUCAGCAGAGUGAAGGCAGAGGCUCGUCUGGUGCUGCUGUCAGACAGUGUCCCAGGAAUUGAACUGUGGCUUCAUGAUGCCAUGAUUCAGGCAGAAGAGGAGCUGGAGAGAGAGAGACGGCUCAGUGAACAGAGGAAGUCUACUGAAGACUUCUCAGGGGAUGAAUUUGAGCUGACUGACUUUGAGGACUAUGAUGAUGAGAAUGCAGAUAUUUUUGCAGAUCCAGUGUCAGCAUCUGGAGCGUGUGUUUAUCCUGCAGCCUGUAGAGUUAUCUAUAGCUAUCAGGCUGGCCAGUCAGACGAGCUGUCAAUCAGGGAAGGGGAGGAGCUUCAAGCGAUCGAAGAUGGAGACAUGGAGGACUGGCUAAAGGUGUGUAACUCUUGUGGUCAGGUGGGUUAUGUUCCUGAGCGUUAUGUGCAGUUCCUGUGUCUACAAGCAGAGGAAGCUGCUCAGCUGGACUGUUCCUUCAGCUCCACCUCAUCCACUGGAAAUAAAGAGAAGGCAAGGAGCCGAGUCUGAUCUGUUUCCGGUAUAGCCAGAGCUCUCUACUCCUACCAGGCCCAAAGUACAGAAGAGCUUUCCUUCCAGGAGGGGGCACUUAUCACACUGAUGCGCUGUCGACAUGGAGAGGUGGAUGAUGGAUUUUGGGAGGGAGAGCUGAAUGGACGGAUUGGUCUCUUCCCGUCGUUGGUGGUAAAGCUUGUACAUGAUGAAGGGGAUCUUGAGGAGCCACAAGAGGAGUCUCUCCCAACCCCAACUAUGCAUCCCUUCUCUUCUACAGUAGGAAUCCCCUCAACUCCUGGUUGUAGUUCCAUACUUAAUGCUACCCCCCCUAGCUGCGUAGAAGACAAACAGCAGCCCUUACCUCUGAGGGGUGCAAACAUUACAGUAGAAACUGGGGGCAGCAACCACCCAUCUCCAGAUCUCUCCAGUAGUCGACUAAGACCUUGUCGAGCACCUCCCCCUCCUCCAACACUGAAGCCUUCACCUCAUCCCUGA